AUGAAACGUGACAUUUACUGCAAGAUUGUGAAGGAGGUUGAGGAGCAUGACCCAUGGUUCCAGCAAAGGAGGAACGCUGCAGGCGAGCUGGGGCUGUCCUCCUUGCAAAAAGUUACUGUGGCAUUCCGUAUGCUAGCAUACGAUGCUCCUGCAGAUUCUCUUGAUGAGUGCCUCCGGCUAGGGGAGAGCACCAUCAUUGAGAGCAUGAGACGGUUUGUGCGUGCUGUCGUCGAGGUGUUCGGCGAUGAGUACAUUCGUGCUCCGAACAAGGAGGACACUGCUCGCUUGCUGGAUAUGAACCAGCGAAGAGGGUUCCCGGGAUGUUGGGAAGCAUUGACUGCAUACAUUGGAGGUUCUUUGAAUGAAAUCAACGUGCUGCACCGUUCACAUCUCCUCGACAACCUUGCCGCCGGCGAGGCACCCAAGGUACAAUUCUCCAUUAAUGAACACUAUUACACCAUGGGAUAUUACCUUGCAGAUGGCAUCUAUACAGAGUGGGCUACGUUCAUCAAGCCCAUACAAUCUCCUGUUGGGAGGAAGCGACAGCACUUCGUGGUCCAAUAG